AUGAAGGAGCCAAGUAAAGCAGAGGAAGAAGAAAGAGUUGAGGUCCCAUGUUACAGCUGUCAGUUUGCCUCUUCAUUUUCAGCCUCAGUGUGGGUGUCACUGUACUUUGAAUUGCUGGGUCUGCACUAUGUGAUAACUGUGGGCUGCAUUGAUUUCCUGUGCUGGAAGAAGAAACUGGAGGAGCAUGCCCAGCAGUGGGUGGAAGUGCUGAGAGCCACUGCCUUCACUUACAGCCCACUCCUGUACUGGAGAAACAAAGGACAGCAAUGUGGCAUGAAUGCAGCUAUCAACACAGGCCCUUCCCCGGCUGGUCCCCAAACUGACAUUCAAGUGGAGAUUCCAGAUUCUCUGUGGCAGUCAGACACCUGUGAAGGCAGACACUAUGCCAUCAGAGCAAGUAGCACCAAGGCACAGGCCCCUGUUCCUCUGCAACCUGCUCUGCUGGCCACACAGCAGCUCUUAUCUAACCUGAUGCCACAGCGGCAGUCCAAAUCUCCACUCCUGAUUAUCUUUCAGGAGAUACCUUUUGCUCCACCCCUCCGAAUGCUGAACAUACCUCCCAUGCUAGUCCACUGUGCCUCCUACCCCUAUCUCCACUGGAAGUGGAAAGAAAUGUCCACUCUCAUUCCUUUCCCAUUCUGGCCCUUGGGGUGA